GAAUAAUCUUAGUUUACUGGGUGACAGGCUAGUUGACUGUGGUGCUGGUCUUCAGUCUCCUGUAAUGUAGAUGAGUGUAAAUAGAUAGGAUUCAUUUCAAGGUCUUGGACCACCCAAGGCAGCCGAAGGGUGUUUUAUUCCCUUUUUGAAAUUUGGGUUACUUUAGAAGCUUAGAAAGAACAAAAAGAAACACCAACAUGUUCUGCACACAAUAGACUAUAACAAUAUAUUAUUCUUCAAGAAUUCACCUAUAAUAAUGCACAUAUCCACCGCUUCAGCUCACUUACUUUGUUGGUAGGUCCUUCUAAUCUUUUUCCAGGUAGUAUAUUCUGAAGGCCAGAGAGUGUAUGUUUGCUGCAGAACAAGAAAGAGUUCAGAUUAGCAGGCAAUUACUGGGGAAGAGAAUGGGGAAACAGAACCGACCAUGAAGGCUGUGGUGGUUCUUAGGAUGGUGAUUUUCCUUAUGUUGCUUGGUCGGUACCAAACAUUUGCUUCCAGACCACAUUUCUCAGGAGUGAUGCUAUCAAAGUAUGAGCAUGAGCCAGCGAAGAGAAAUAUGAGGGUAGAAGAGCCAAUAUCCAUGUGGUGGAAUGAGGAUUAUUCUCAUCCUCAUAGGAGACGGCCUGUGCAUAACAAGUUAGACCCAUAAGUUUUUCUUUCCUCUCUGUUGGUUUGUGUGUUUAUUCAAGUAGGUUGUUAAUUGUUACCUAGCUGUUAUAUAUAUAAAUGUCUGAGACUGGAGAGCUUCAUGUUAAGAUUCCCUUCUAUAUCAUGGAAUUGAAGCAUCUCUGUACAAAAUCUAGGGAGGGAAGAAACAGUUAGUGCUACUUGUUUGGUUUGAUUGUCAAUUUGUCAUACUAUCCGCAUUCCAAUAUCCCAACUUGAAUU